CGCGGAUCCAUUUGUCUUUUUGAUUUGAGAGAUCCAAAAAAAAUCUCGUGGCUCACAUAUUUCUCAUAAUAUGUCCAGCCGUAGAAUUUGCGAACCAGGUACUCACAUACUCAGCGAAAAACAAACACACAGAGAUCAUGACAGACACGGAAAACAAAGUAGUCGAGAUCACUGACGACAAUGUUCCAUCUGACGAUGACAUGCCCGCUCUAGAGGAGGCCACCGCAAACACCACUAUUGAGGAGGGCGAUGAAAGUGAGGAAGCUGCUGCCGAAGUUGGUCGCUCCGAAAAGAAAAUGCGCAAGGCUCUUAUGAAGCUCGGACUCAAGCCCGUCCCCGGGAUUCAACGUGUGGCCAUGAAGAAGCAGCCCAAUGUUCUUUUCGCUGUAAAGAAGCCCGACGUAUACGUUGUUGGAGAUACAUACGUUGUUUUCGGUGAGUACAACGUAGAGGACAUGAACGCUCAAGCGCGCGCACAGGCCCAGAUGAUGCAGCAGCAACAGGCCGCCGCCGGUGGUGAUGGUGCAGAUGAUGAUGAUGAUGACAUUCCUGCACUUGAGGAGGCACCAGUUGACGAGGGAGAUGUUGACGAAACUGGAGUAGAAGCUGAGGAUAUUGAGCUUGUUGUUCAACAAGCGAAUGUUAGCAGAGGACAGGCCGUUAAGGCUCUAAAGGAGAAUGAUAACGAUGUAGUCAACGCUAUCAUGACCCUGACCACUUAAUCGCUCUGUGGAUAUUUUAUUGAAGUAAGUGACGUGCCUUCUAGGCCUCACACUAUAAUUUCUCUGCAUCUGAAUCGGCGAGGAAAGGCAACAGCUGACGAUGUCAUAAGCUGCAUAUGCACGAUAAUAUUAGGCCGUAUGUGCAACUUAUGUGAGUUAUUCGAUCCGGCUGCCAUUCCCUGUUGUUCAGGGCCGCGAGUACGGGUGAGAACCCUCAUGCUGGUCAACCAUGUUCGUUUGCUACCUGAAUUUGUAUAUUAGUGAAACAUAGAUAGGAGUACCUUAAAAUAUACGGUCGGGUGGACCAGCAUAUCAUACCAAGUGGUUUAAGUUUCCGUUUAUGAGGGUUUCCAAUCUAUCAACCUCCCGGUUGGGGGACGAGAUUGAGGGAGAUGGAAACAUCCCGUGAUAUCAAAUUUUUAUCAUUCAAACCUUUUAACUGCAAUAUUCUCGAGGGUCGAUUAGCGUACAUUGACUGUGUCUCGGAUAAUACAUCUGGUUAGCUGGUUUCAUUCACAGGAUGUCAGAGAUGCUGAUAGAAAACCUAUCAACCAUCUCACUUGAAUGGUGGUUUUUGAGUGCGCAACGUGCAAUUUCGUAGUAUUCGAUACAUUCCUCAUGCUGCUCUUCGCUCCGCACAAGUAUGUAUUACACUUGCGAUAUGUUUCAUUUAGGUUUUGGCAGAUUUGGCGGUGUAUUCGUCUUGAAAGUCAAUUGAUUAACAUUUAGGCUCACGUGCUACUACGUUGUCGACGACUUGGCCACUUCGUUUCAUGCAAGACCAUCUGUGUACCCGGUUAUAGAUGUUAUGGAGCAUUGUGAAGUUUACCAGCAAGUGUCAAAAGGGAGUUCAUGAUAUGCAACCUGACAUUCUGUGUUCAUAGAGCCACCCAUAAAAGGCUUAUGUGUAUAUUCUCAACCAGAGGGUGCUACGCUAACCGCAAAUAGCGAGGGCGUUAUGACGUACAUUAAUAUUCGCGCUGUAUCGAUACAAUUUUCUCUCCUCGUCGAUAUUCGUGGAGAAAGCGGUCACUUAAUGCCAGUGAUAUCUACGAUACAUCAGCAAACCACCAGCAUAGAUCUUUCAAGUUGCAAUUAAACACCGCAUAUAGGGAUAAAAGUUUAAAGCCGACGGCUUGAACGUGACUUUUAAGCACACCAUGAUUUAUCCCUUUACACAGACACACGAUCUGGGAGUAUACUCCCACAUACGAUCUCGGAAUACAAGUCUAAGGUCGCGUCAACUGUUAGUUGUGCGGGUUCCUUGAUUCGUCUCUGUUCGCCCGUUGAUUAGAACCCGCACGUCCUUUACUGGACACAUAAGGAGUUAGUGGUGUAUUUCUUUGUACUCCCGAAUCGCAAUUGUCCAAUUAAUUUGUUAUGUCUCGAGAGAAAACUGGAUUAUGAUUAUCCCCAUGUGAGCAACACGGUGGGCUCGAGGCGAAUCAGUUGGUGGCUUGGUUCUACAACUAAUAGCCUUUCAACAGGGGACGAUUUGCCGAUACAUAGAUCUCAAUAAAGUACCUGAACAC